CAUACCCGAUUGAAUAACUUUGAUGGAGCGGUUGUUUUAGAGUAUCAUUACAAGUUAAUCUCAAAAUUGUUCGUUAAAAAUCCGCUAAAGAACGGCAAAUAUGGCAAAUCAGAAGACGUUGGCGACCACAAAUCAGGAUGCGGAGCAGAUGUGCUGCUGCAACUGCAAAAGGAAACUGGAUCCGUAUCAGAUAUUCGACGACAAUGUGGAGGACAUUGCGAAGAGCCUCUCGCAGAUAAUGCUCAUCUGUGGCAUUAAUACGACCAAGGCCUGCAAUGCCAAAUCGAUUAUAAAGCGCGCCUUCAUCUAUCACGAGAAGCUGCGAACCCGCUGCCCGAGGAGCCCGCCACCGGGCACGCAUCUGCAUCGGGAUGACAUGCUGCAGGCGCUGCGCAUCAAGUGCGAAAUGGAGAGCGUGGAGGCGAUGCUCACGUAUUCGAUCAUCAAGCGUGCCUUCAAGGCCUUCUUUCACGGCAAGCCAGACAGAUCGAUCAGCAAUCCCAUCCUGGACGCCAUGGUCAUACUCAACCAGAAGGCAGCCUGGGUGCAUGCCGCGUACAAGACGGCGCGAAUCUUUGACAACUACAAGGCGGCCUUCUUUUGGGCGCACAAGUCCUACGAGAAGCAGAUCAACGUUGUCUACCGAUCCCUGUACGAUCGCAUGAGUGCCCGUGCCAAUCCCUUGACAGUGCCGAACUGUACCUGCCCCAAGUGCAGGAAGCUGGAAGUGCCGGGUCAUCCAAAGCCGGGCGAGAAGCCGCGCGAGAAGUUCAAGCUGGCCGACUGUGCAGAUCUGCCCGCAUCCUGCAUACUGUGCGGCCUGCAGGUGCCCAAGAUUGAUUCGAGCAUAAAGCUGAAACGACCACGCCCCAUUCUCAAUCACGAGCUCAAACUGCCGCGUUGCUCCAAGUGCAACUCGCCCAUGCUCAUCUGCGAGUGCAACAUUGACCAGCUGACCGGCGAGCAGUACGGCGAGUGCGGCCAGGACUCGUACAAGGUGAAGUGGUAUCGCCUGGAGCAGGAGCUGGAAGCCACCAAGAAGCCGGCUAGCAAUACGGAGAGCACGAGCUAUGACGACGCCCUGGAACCGGAGCACGAUUGGCACAAUCAUCAUUGUCCCAUUGAUUGUGCGCACGAUGUUUCCAGCGAAACCUCAAAUGUGUGCCAUGCGGAUGACUCCAACAGCAGCUCUUCCUCCUCAUUUAACACCUGCUCCGAUGUUGGCAGCGACGAUGUUAUCGAAAAGCUCGAAAAGUAUCUCAACAAGCUCUGGGCCGAGGAGCUGGCCGCCAAAAAGAAUCCCCAUACGUAUGUGCCGGGCACCGUGUUUCCGCCACGUCCGCCAUGCGAACCAUGCAAACGGGAUUGAAUAACUUAUUAUGACUU